AUAUAAAGAUGUGGCUUAUUUAAAAUUUUCGAGUCUUGGCGUAAGUUCAACUUUGACUUCUCAUCUCUCUCUCUCUCUCUCUUCAUAUUUUAAUCGUUUUUCGUCUCUUCAAAGCCUCGUUUAAGUAAUCAUUCAAUAAUUUAUCUUGUAUUAGUUGUCUAAUAUUUUCUCAACUGGAAAACAAUAAAUCAAUCAUGGAGAUUAAGACAAGCUUUCAUUGGGCAGAUUACCUUUUGUUUAUCGGAACUCUUCUGAUUUCACUUGGCAUUGGUAUAUACUAUGCAAUUGCUGGAGGAAAACAGAAAACGACCAAGGAAUACCUUAUGGGUAACAAGAGUUUAGGCGUUAUCCCCGUUGCAUUAUCUAUGUUCAUGUCUUAUAUAUCUGCUAUCCUAAUUCUUGGAAAUACUGCCGAAAUGUAUUUGCACGGAACGCAAAUGUGGAUGGCUGCAGUUGGCUCUUCAUUGGCUUUUGCUAUAUCGUCAGUAAUUUUCGUGCCACUAUUCUACCCUUUAAACAUUACAUCAUCGUUUCAGUAUCUUGAGAUGAGAUUCAAAUCAAGAUCUGUUCGUCUAUCCGGUACAAUUCUUCUUAUGUUAUCUCAGAUUCUUUAUAUGGGAAUUGCUAUGUUCUCUCCAGCAACGGCUUUAGACGCCGUUACAAAUAUUCCAGUGUGGGCGUCUAUUCUCGCUACAGGCGUCGUUGCUACUAUUUAUACAACUUUGGGUGGUAUGAAAGCUGUCGUUUGGACAGAUGUCUUCCAAGCGCUCGUUAUGGUUGGUGGUCUAAUUACUGUUCUUGUUAUGGGUACUAACAAAAUUGAUGGAGGAAUGAAAGAAGUUUUCAAAAGAGCUAGCGACACAGGAAGAAUUAAAUUUUUCAACAUGAACGCAAAUCCCUUGAUAAGAAUGUCUUUUUGGUCUGUUGUCGUUGGCAGAGUGAUAGCUUCCGUUCAAACAACUGGUACUGGACAAACAUCCGUUCAAAGAUACUGCUCUGUAUCUUCCAUGAACAAAGGAAGAAUAUCAGUUAUAUUAAAUACUCCAGCCAUGCUCCUCUUUUAUACUCUAACCUGCCUUUGUGGAUUAGUUGUCUUUGCUUAUUUUGACGCUUUGGGCUGCGAUCCUCUUAGAGCCGGCGUUAAUAAUAGCACUAUUUUAAAUAACCAAAAUCAACUCUUGCCCUUCUUUAUCAGCCAGGUAAUCAAUGUUAAGGGUCUGUCGGGUCUUUUUGUUGCUGUUCUCUUCUCCGGUGCACUCUCCACGCUCUCUUCUUCUCUCAAUUCUUUGGCAGCCGUUACUUGGAAAGAUCUUUUGGAAUGGAAAUUUCACCAUAUUCCCGAAGAACGUAAGGCCUUGGCUAACAAACUUCUCGUUGGUGUUUUCGGUAUAAUAGCCGUAGGCAUGGCUUUUAUGGCUCAGACAUUAGGAGGACACGUACUCCAAGCAUCUCAGAGUUUCGUCAGCGGUGUUGCAGGACCACUAUUGGGAAUGUUCUUAUUGGGCGGAUUGAUCCCAUUCGCAAAUUGGAAAGGUGCCUUGGCUGGCGGUUGGAUUGGUUUAAUCUUAACCCUGACCGUUACCAUUGGCCAAUACGUUACUAAACCUCAUAGCGCUCGACUUUCAACAAGUAUGAACAACUGCUCAGAUUUAAAUCUCGUAGAAUUAAAGGGAGUUCCAGGGGACAAGGAUGGUGUUUUCGGCCUAUUCCGUAUAUCUUUUAUGUGGUUUUCGGCAAUCGGUACAUUUAGUUGCUUAAUCAUCGGUACCAUCGUUAGUCUAUUAACCGGUCCUGAAAAACCAAGUGAACAAGAUCCAAGAUUGAUAAUACCGUUCUUCCAAAGAGUGUUUUGCUGCCUCCCAAUGUCUAUACAAAGAAAACUAUGGUGCGGUGUCGAUAGAGACAAGAUUAUUGAGAAUGACUUUGAAGAAGAGUUUGAAACUGUCGAGAUGAAGGGUAACUCGUCAAGAAACGCCAUUCAUCCAAUGGAUAAUAAAGUAAAUGGACACGAAAAUCCAGCAUUCCAAGCGGACGAACCGAAGAAAGAAGAUGUCACAAAGUCAACUUGA